AUGGAACGGUUUCUACGUCUCGGUGGUCUUGGUGGUCUCAGUGGCUCUCAGUUUGGAAAUGCCAGUCCGGUAGACAGCAAUCAAGUAGACACAUCCGAAACAGUCUAUAUAUCAUCACUGGCUUUACUCAAAAUGUUGAAACAUGGUCGUGCAGGUGUACCCAUGGAGGUUAUGGGUUUAAUGUUAGGAGAAUUUGUAGAUGAAUAUACGGUGAACGUUAUCGAUGUGUUCGCAAUGCCGCAGUCUGGCACGGGAGUGUCAGUAGAAGCAGUAGAUCCAGUGUUUCAAGCCAAAAUGCUAGAUAUGUUGAAACAAACAGGACGACCUGAAAUGGUUGUUGGCUGGUACCAUUCACAUCCAGGAUUCGGCUGUUGGCUGUCAGGUGUCGAUAUUAAUACGCAACAGAGCUUUGAAGCUCUUUCAGAUAGGGCAGUUGCUGUGGUGGUCGAUCCAAUUCAGUCUGUCAAAGGAAAGGUAGUAAUUGAUGCAUUUCGAACGAUUAAUCCGCAAUCUAUAGCACUUAAUCAGGAGCCACGUCAAACCACUUCAAAUCUUGGACAUUUGCAAAAGCCGUCUAUUCAAGCAUUAAUUCAUGGUCUCAAUCGACAUUAUUAUUCGAUUCCAAUCAAUUAUCGAACUCACGAGCUUGAACAGAAAGUACAUUAUUUGCCACUUAAUGGAAUGCUGUUGAAUCUAAAUAAACAAACGUGGAUGGAUUCGCUCGGUCUGGAACAUUUCUCUGAUCACUGUGAGAAAAAUCAAGCAUCUAUGCAAAAAAUGUUGAAAUUGGCGAAGCUUUACAAAAAAGAUCUCGAAGAACAGGAGAAAAUGACGGAAGAACAGCUGGCUGUAAAAAAUGUGGGGAAACAAGAUCCAAAGAGGCACUUAGGUGAAACGGUGAAUGAAAUGCUUGCAGAUAAUAUCGUUCAGAGUCUUGCUUCCAUGCUCGAUACAUCAUCUUUUCAAUGA